AUGGAAAACAUAUCGCCCAGACGAAGUCCUGAGCGCUCUCCAGUCCGACGAUCACGCGGCCAUUCAAGACCCCCAAUCCCCACAUUCAGCAAUCUUUCCAUCAAUACAAACCAAGCAGGCGAGAGCAGUUCCUCCCAAUAUGCACUCAGAUCUCCCACUUCACCAGACUCGCCAUUGGGGAGAGAAGGCCAGGAGACUUACCGUGACACGCUGCGAAGAACAUUCCGGAGAAGAUGGGCAAAUUGGGGAAACUCGGAGGCAGGAGAGCAAAAAUUCAACUUUACUAUUCGUAUGAGCGAUACAAGGCUAUUCUAUUCAAGAAAAUCAAGGCCGCAGGAACAAUUCAAUGAAGCCCUACAAUAUCUCAAUGAGAUCCAGGGUAUCAGAAGAGAUAGCCCCGAGAAGACAGCGGAGAUCAUGUCUCAAUGCAUUCAAGAUGAUAUGAAGCUGGUGAUAUUCGGCUCGAACAUGAUCGAGAGAGCGGGUCUGAAUUUAGCUGAGACGAUAAAAAUGGUUGAUCGGAUUUUCAAGGGCCAGGAGGUUGACGUCGGUGAACGGGACGAUGACUAUCAGAUGCAGCUCGAGAACUACAUCGAAGCCAAGCACAGUGCCCAAGAAGCUGAGAACCAUAUCCUGCGAACAAGGUGGGAGGUAAUUCAGCAUGCAAGAGCUUUGUGGUUUCUUACCAAUAGCUUUGUCAUCGAACAACGGCCACUGUCUGAAGAACUAAUAAAGGAGACGCAUAAGAUAUUGUGUACGAAUGUCUCUCAUCCAAAGUACGAUACACCUUGGCAAGACUAUGCUGGUAAAUACCGCAACCACGUACGGCAGCCAGGCUCGAAACAGAUGGGCGCAGAGGUUAACGCUGGUGGUACCCAUUUCACUGCAUCGCAAAUGGUCCCGAAAGCAAUGAGCCGAUUUGUUACGGAGUUGAACAACAAGAUUGAAGAGGCCACGCAGCGUGGUGCUCUAGAUCCGUUCUGUCUUGCGGCGUGGGCAUGUGCUGAUUUCGUUGUCAUCCACCCUUUUCUCGACGGAAAUGGUCGCACUUGCCGGAUUCUUCUUAACGCGAUUACCAUGAGGUACGCAGGUAUCGUUGUGCCGAUUGGUGAACAUGAUGAAGAGAGAUCAAAGUAUCUAAAUAUAAAGAGGCGAUAUUCGGAGGAUUGUGACGGCGAGGGUGAGUUCGCCGAAAUGGUGCUGGAUAGAGGAACUGCGAGGCUGCAGGCUAUGAGGGACAAGGUGAAGGGCAGCAUGCGCCUAAGAUAG